AUGGAGCCGAGGGACGUGGGCAGCUUCCCCUUGGCGCCCGGUCUCCGGGCCAAGCUCGUCGCCGCCGGUUUCCAGACGGCCCAAGACGUGCUCGAGGUCGGACCCUGUCAGCUCAGCAAAGAAACUGGAAUUUCUAAGCAGGAGGCAUUAGAAAUUUUGCAAGUGGUCAGACGGGAACGACAUGGGGACGGAGCAAAGCCUGCCGGGGAACCAGCCGCUGUCAGGAAAUACACAGCUCUUGAACUCUUUGAAGAGGAGCAAGUUCAAGGCUUCAUCAUCACCUUCUGCUCUGCGUUGGAUGGUAUCCUAGGAGGGGGUAUGCAGCUGACGAAACUAACGGAGAUCUGUGGAGCACCAGGUGUCGGCAAAACACAGUUGUGCAUGCAACUGGUGGUGGAUGUGCAGAUUCCAGAAUGCUUUGGAGGUCUUGCUGGAGAAGCUGUUUUCAUAGAUACAGAGGGGAGUUUCAUGGUAGACCGAGUAGUGGAUAUGGCAGCAGCCUGUGUCCAGCAUUGCCAGCUAAUUGCUGAAAUGCACCCAGAAGAAGAUCAUCAAACAGCCCUGGAGACUUUCUCCCUUGAAAAUAUUCUUUCGCAUAUCUAUUACUUCCGUUGCCAUGACUAUGUGGAGCUGCUGGCACAGGUGUACCUCCUCCCAGACUUCCUCUCUGGGCACUCAAAGGUACGGUUGGUUGUGAUCGAUGGCGUCGCCUUUCCCUUCCGCCACGGCUUCGAGGAUCUCUCCCUGCGGACACGGCUGUUGAACGGCCUGGCCCAGCAGCUGAUCACAAUCGCAAACGAUCACACGUUAGCGGUAGUGUUGACCAAUCAAAUGACAACAAGAAUUGGACAAGGGCAAUCCUCUUUGGUACCUGCUUUAGGAGAAAGCUGGGGACAUGCAGCUACGGUCCGUUUAAUUCUGCACUGGGAUAACAACCAGAGGUUGGCCAUGUUGUACAAGUCGCCAAGUCAAAAGGAGUCAACUGUGUCAUUUAGCAUUACACCUCAUGGAUUCAGAGAUGUUCAACUUCCACAUCCAGAUCUGACCCCAUCAGAAAAUGAACCCAAUCCUCGUAAACGGCCACGCAUAGAACCGGUGGAGGGACAGUGAUUCAGAAGAAUGCCUGUUCACUGCGGCUCCAUUCGAAAAACAUUCGCACUACAGAUGAACGUCAGGCUGCUCAAGAGACUAUUUAACUUGGAUUCAAAAGUAUGUUUAAUCUUAAUUCAUGCCACGGUAAUUUUACAUUCCUCACCUCUAGGUUAUUUCUUCCACCACCCCUUCCUCCAGUAUGAUUUUUCUUUUUCAAAUAAAAGUUGAAAAACUA